AUGGCAAGCCUCGCCUUUGUUUCUCCAGCUGCCUCAGGGCAGGUUUUGCCCGCGCAUCAUCCUUCUUCGACGCAGGCUCCUUCGCCUCCUCGCCCAUGGUUUGGAUCCGGCGGCUUGAAGUUUGCAGCCCCCAUCCUCCUUUGCUUGGCCAAGCAGACCCGCGCCGCACGCCUCCGAGCGCGUGCCACACCAAAAGAGGGACAAGAUCAUGUGCCAGAGCUGUCGAAGCGAAAGCGCAACGACCCACAGGACAUCACAUGGCUGGACAUGGGCACAGGCUUCACAGUUGCACAUGAAAUUCCAAGAAUCCGCGUCAAGAGUGGCCGCGAAGCUGUGCGGGAGCGAAAGGUGGUGAGCAAGGUAGACAGCACGAAGGAGCCGAAGGAGUUGAUCAGUGAGGUUGCAGCCGAAGUCAGCGGAAUGGACGAG